GCCACGCCGUAAUUUAUACGACCGCGGUUUGCUGAAUGUGGAGGCGAUGGACAGCGACGAGUUUCACCACUUGUUUCGCUUUCGAAAGAUCGACUUGGCACACCUUGCGUCGGCUCUGCUGAUUCCCGAAGAGGUCGUCAGCGCCCAGCGCGUCCGGGUUCCAGGCAACGAGGCGCUCUGUAUGACACUUCGACGCCUGGCCUACCCCAACCGUUUGUGCGAGCUGGAGCUCUUGUUCAACAGGCACAGCUCUGUGCUGUCAAGCGUCGUGUCUUCAGUGCUAGCCCAUAUAGAGCACUACUUCGACCACCUGCUGGCUGACAUGACUGCGCACAAGUGGCUAAACUUGCUCGCCGUCGAGAAAUUAUCCGAGGCUGUCCAUGCAAAGGGUGCCCCACUUGAUAAUUGCUGGGCCUUCAUCGAUGGGACGGCACGUCAGAUUUGUCGCCCAACGGUGGACCAACAAGAACAUUAUUCAGGGCACAAGAGGCACCACGUGCAAAAAUAUCAAUCGGUGAUGUGCCCAAAUGGCAUAGUUUGCCAACUGGAUGGGCCUUUCAAGGGGCGACGUCAUGAUGCGGGCAUUCUCAAGGAAACCAAGCUCUACGAGAACCUUGAGAAAAUCACAAUGGGCAGGAAGUUCGUCAUUUAUGGCGACCCAGCCUACCCUUUGCUCCCACUCCUAUACAAGCCAUUUGGAGGCACUACCCUGCAGCCUCAUCAGGCAUUCUUUAACAAGGGCAUGAGCAGGGUGCGACAAGCUGUGGAAUGGGGCUUCGCUAAGGUAGCCACAGAGUUUGCUUUUGUGGACUUCCACAAAAAUCAAAAAAUGUCAUAUCAGAGAGUGGGGCGCAUGUACCGUGUGGCAACCCUUCUUGCCAACUGCCAUACGUGUCUUUAUGGCAGUCAAGUGUCCGACUUUUUUGAUGUUUGCCCCCCGUCACUUGACGAGUAUCUGGUGCCACAUUCCAUAUGAGAUUUCACAGCUAGAAUCCCCUUUAGAAUACUUGAGCAAAUGUCCUUAGCAUUUACUUGUGCAACAGAGCAUCACUGAGAAUGUGAAGGAUGGCAUGUUAAAGGGACACUAAAGGCAAAUAGUAAGUCAUUGUGGACUGUUCAAAUACCAUUUCAGAAACCUUGCAACACUUGCUUUGAGCCAAGAAAAGACUUAGUUUACGAGAAAUUUGCAUCUUAAGGGCCCAGCUACCUUUUUCGAAAUUAAUAUCUCCCACCACCCAACUAGGAGAGUGGUGACGUUACAUACGCCUUCACCACCCUUUGCUGCUAUCGGUGAGUAAAACGGCACCUGGCAGACGGCAGUAGCCAAGGCAGAGCAGUGGAUUUGCCAUUGCAGCUGCUUUUCAGUCAAGUGGUGUAGACCAUUCGGGAAUCCCGCAAGAUCACGUGGAAGGUGAAUUCUCUGCUACUUGCAUUUUGUGUGAGUUUCGCAAGCCAGCAAAACCAGCGCAGCACUUUGCGAUAACGAAACUACAGAAACGAGAAAGUGUGGGCAGGGCAGAGUCGAGCGAAAACAUAAGCUUUCGACCGCCUCUGUCAUUAUCAAGGGCAAUUUCAAUUUGUUCUUUUUUCUAAAAAUGAAAUAGAACUGUACAAGUAGCACUAAUCUAUCACUUUAUCUUGACUUAAUACUUGCCUUUAGUGUCCAUUUAAGGGCACGCAGACAGCAGAUGUUUAGCUAUGUUGCAUCAUAUAACCUUCGAAGAACAGCUAUGUCGUUGGCUGAUUUUACGUUUGAAAGAUGUUGCAGUGCCGUCUAAUGGUGCUGAAUAAUUCUUGUUCGAUCGCCGAACCUUUCCUUCAACAGUACAAUGGCAUCUGCGUAGCAUGAUUCGGACGUGGGCAAACCAGAGAUAGCUGCUGCUGCAUCAAAUCAUUGAGGCAGAUGGUCUGUUCACAUUUUUCCCAGAAGCCUGUCCACCUAUUGAGGUCCCCCUUGAGCGUUGUGAGAAGAGGUUUAUUAGCGGCUUAUUAUGCAAAGGGCACAGCGACCUGGAUUGGUGAGGCAGCCUGAAGCACCAUCCAAAAAGGCACCGCAACCAGCAACGUGAGCAGGGUCAAGCUGUGCGUUUUAGCAGGGGAAUAGCGAACCAGCUUGGUCCUGUUCCUGCGUACAGCGCCAGUGUCGGUGUUAACCCAGUAGGACCGAGGUUCAUCAACUGGGGCUUGUACUGUCACUUUGCACUUGAAGUCUUUCAACCAGACAUGUCCGUAGAAUAGAUCCGGCAGGUAACAGACUCCGUGA